AUGAAGCGAGACCCAACUGCACCGCGUGUCUCAGACUCGGCAGCUCGUGUGAAUGGCCUAAUAGCCCCGCUCUUACAUUUCUGGUAUACCAGUACGUCUCUGACGGUAUCGUCGAAAAGCCAACAGCACGUGUGGCAAUCCAGUCUGGUCGAGCUUAGCUUUCGCCACCCUUUUCUCCUACAUGGUAUCCUGGCCGUGGCCGCAGUGCACAAGGCAGGGGUGUUCCCGGCGGAGAGCCAACGCCUCAUGGUCCAGUCUAGCAGCCAUAUGGACGUGGCCAUUUCAGCGAUUCGCACUCAUAUCGAAGUCCCCGAUCCCGCUAUCUGUGUGCCUCUUUUCGCAGCAUCCGGAUUGCUGGUCGUGCACAGUCUAGGCCUUGCGCAAGUUCAUCCGCCUGCUGAUCCAGUGGCAAAUCUCUGCGACUGGAUGAGGCUCGUCCAAGGCCAAAAGGUGACGGUACAACAGAACUGGACACGUCUGUUGGCCUCGGAAGUCGCCCCGAUCCUCCUGAGCGUCGGCGGAGAGCAGAGACAUGCAGGUUCCGAGAUGCUACGCCUCAAGGGUCUAGUGGAGCAGAAAGUGCCUAUCGACUCGGAUGUUCGAGACCCAUAUUUACAAGCCAUUGAGCAGCUUGACUUAGUCUUUACUAACAUCCACCACCUUCUCCGAAGCGGUGAGAUGUUCUCUGUGGCAAUCACCUUGAGCUGGACCGCUACCAUUCCUGCCGUCGUGCUCGACCUGAUCUCUGACCGUGAUCAGCUGGCAUUGGUCAUUCUUGCGUACUUUGCGGUACUUUUCAAGCUGCAGGAGGCUUCGUGGUGGAUGAGAGGCUGGGGUGAUUGGACUCUCGAUGCGGUGCAGUCUCAGCUGGACGCAGAAUAUCGACAGUGGACAGAUUGGCCAACACAACAAAUGCGCAGUAAAUGA